AUGCCGCCCGCCUGGCUAGAGGACGCCGGCAUCAGCAAGGAGCCGUCCACAUCGACGGACAAGGCUCAGCCAAAAAAGCCCCGCCACCGCCAUUCGGCCCAUCAACUCCAGCUUCUGAACGAGCUCUACGACCGCGACGAGCAUCCCUCGCUCGACGACCGCACCCACCUCGCAGAGCGCCUGGGAAUGGAGGUCAAGACGGUCAACGCUUGGUUCCAGAACAAGCGGGCGUCUAACAAAAAGCGGAAUAAUAACAAGGCAGCAGCCACCGCCGCCACUGGUCCCCCUCUACCGGCAGCUGCCGCGCCACCAGCGCCGAUGCCCGUUGCACCGCCGGCUUCGUAUCAACAAUCGCUGGAGCUCCCGCCCAUCGCGACGUUGCUCGCUUCAACGCCGCCGCCGCCGUCGGCAACAGCCGAACAGAUCGAGAUCCCCGAAUACGCCGGCCAGGGCGAGUACCCGGGCCCGCCACUGCUGCACGCAGAGCACCCCUCGCUCGGCUACGCAUCCUACGGCCCGCCUCCGACCGCCGAUCCGCACCACCAGGCCGCCUUUUACGCUGGCAAUCCCCAGUUCAGGCACAUGUACGACGCUGCGCAGCCUGAGCUUGCGAGUUCCAAGCCCAAGGCCCGCUCACGCCCGUCCCAGUACCAGACGGACGAGAUGCGUAGCCUCUACGCCCGCAACCCGCAUCCCACUCGCGAAGAGCGGGAGGAACUUUGCGAGCGCAUCGGCAUGCGCUACCAGAGCGUCACAAAUUGGUUCCAGAACCAGCGCAGCCUCGCAAAGCGCAGAGCUGAGGCUGAAGAGGAUGACUCUCGCGCUCCCUCGACAAGGGCUUCGACUCCGGCUCCGGCACCGAUAUCUCAUGGGCGUGCGUCUCGCUCUGUGAGCAAGUCACAUCGCUACAGUCCGUUCCCUACUGCAAGCGAGCAACUUCCGGGUUCGGCACUGCCACCCUCGUUGUCGCAUCUACUCCACCGCGAGGAUAGUCCGGCACCAUCUCUCGCUGGCUCAGUCGACAGCUCCGGCUCUCGUCCCCGUCGCUCGCGGCCAAGCCCUCAGCAGCUUACCGCGCUCAGGAGGCUUUACCGCCAGACUGCCACCCCAUCCAUUGAAGAGCGCAAUGCGCUGGCGCUCGAGAUCGGAAUGGACCUCGCCAAGGUGACCAACUGGUUCAGGAACCUGCGUCAGACUUCGCGCAAGCGUAAGGCCAGGGGCGCCGACGACGAAGACGGCGACGAUAGCCACAGCAGCCGCACUCACUCGCGCAGCGGUACCCCCGCUACGUCGUUCGAUGAGAAUGAUGUCUCGAUGCAAGAUGUGCAGGACCGCGAUCACGAUCACGAUGAGGACAUGCACACUGACGAGGACGACGCCGAUGAGGCACCUACGCCUGGCUCGGGCGCGUCGCCCGCACCCGCCCGCGUUGAGGAGCCCUGGGCCAAGGGGCACAAUGUGCUCCCUCCGCCCCCAGUCUCGGUACCUGUUGCGCUCAAGCUGCCUUCGCCGCUUCCAGUCGAGCAUGCGCACGAGCACGGCGUCCGCGUUGAGGACGCUCUACUCCUGCUCAGCUUCCACCAGCAAAUUGCCGCAUAA